AUGAGAAACAAAUAUACAAGUUUACAAAAGCAUCCUGACAAUUGGCAUUCAUUCGAUGACAAUGAAAACAACAUAGGUGAAUACCUCGAACCCAGUGUCUCUGAAGAAAAAAUACCACCUCCUCCCUAUUCAGAGACAUUGAAAACUUCCCAUGAAACACAAGAAUAUGAUGAAGAGAAUGUUCCAGCAAACCCUCCCUCUCCUUGCUACAUCAAACUGCCAAUUUGUAUUGCGGCAUUUCUCCUAUUGACUCUGCCCUGCAUGAUCAUGGCACGGUUCAUGGAUCCUUCCACUUACCUAGCUGGAUUUUUCUUUGUAUACUGUGCAUCUCUUUCCUGGAUCCUAUAUGUGACUUAUGAAGCAUGGACCAAGAUUUUCAAGGAAGUUAUGGGAAACAUCGCGAGUGGCAUAGAGACAGGCGUUCAUUGCUCUCUGCGUGGCAUUUGGUCUGCCUUUCUUUCUAGCAAAAAAGGCAUCAAGGAAGCUGUGGUGACUAUUGUUUGUGAAACCAAGAAAGCUACAAGAAGCUAG